GACGACGUCGUCGGAUCGAUCGAUCGAUGCGUUUCAAUGCUGCAUUCACCGGAUUCCGCCGCAUUCAUCUGCCCUCCCUCCCUGCUCAGAUUUCCUGAUCGUCACAUGGUCUGCUUCCAGCCGCUUCGAUCGUCGGCACUGAAUCUUCAUUCCGUUAAGACUCUCGAUCGGCGCAUGCAUGAUCACAACCUCUGAAAAUUUGCAGCUACGAGCUCGACAGGUCGUCGCUGGUUUUCAGUUGCCGCGCGGGAGCUUCGCAGUUCUCACUUCAUUACUGCGUGAUCAGUCAGCCUGGUUGGCGCUGUUGGGUCCUAUCGCCAUUUGUUGGGUGAGGGGGCGAGGAUGUUAUCCCUCAGAGGGUUUGAUUUCGAGGUUGGCAUUAUAGUUGGAAGCGUAGGAAGGGAAGAGAUGCGGCCCUUUGACUAUUAAUGGAUAGCUGCCCUGCAAUUAGUAUGCUUGGAAGGUAUACGAGAGGUAGCUUAAUGAACGAAUUAAUGUGAAGCAGCAGGGUUUUCUCGGUUUGAAGCGGAGGGCAAUUUGUGUGGGAAUUAGAUUCGAGUGUCGUCGUUGCUUAAGAGGUUUUGCUUUUGUGGAGGCUUACCUGGCCGUUUGUGGGGUUAGACAUACGCCGAAUAUUUAUCUGAAGUAGCUAGAGGGGGACUUAUGGUACUUUGGUAUGUAACCCUAAAUAGAGAGGAAGGAGGGUUGUGAGGUUGGCGGAGUGGAGGUGCUGCAGAUCGUAGAACCUAGCGUUUAAUGCCGGAAGUGCCACUGAAUGUUAUGUGACUAUGGUGAACUUAACCAUAUGCCUUGUCAAGGCGGGGGCUGGAGCUGGAGGCAGCCCAGGUGAGAACCAGGAGUUAGCUGGUGGGACAAUCCCCUCAGCUUCUAAGGAUCCAUCGAUGUCUCCUCACUUGAUAGACACAGACCUACCGCUUUUGAGGGGAGUGGGAGUCGUGCCUUCAGAGCCCUGCGCUGUGAACUUCGUGGGAGUGAAGGCUCAUCGCAGACCUGGGGACAAGGUUCACAUCUGUGUGCGGUGCAAUUUUCCGAUUGCUGUUUACGGUAGACUGAUACCGUGCGAGCAUGUGUUUUGCUUGACAUGCGCCAAACUUGACCCAGCCUGCUUCCUGUGCGAGGAAAGGGUUACUCGUAUUCAGAAGAUGGACGUUCUGGAAGGUAUCUAUAUCUGUGGUGCCCCAGGCUGUCUGCGAUCUUUUCUUGCAAGGCCCGAUUUUGACAUGCAUAUAUCUGAUGUUCAUUCCCAGCUCUUGCAACUGGAGCAGGGAAGAUUAUCACCAGAGAGAAACCCUUCUGUUGGAAACGCAGCCCCUAAAACUCAGUCACAACAUGCUGACGCAACUCCUCCCGUGCGGCAAUCCUCCGGCACCCUGCAAGUGGUUCCCCCACGAAAAGAACUCCAACGUAAGCCAUCGAAAGGGGCUCGGCAGGAUCCCCAGGGUGUACUUGCUCGCCCUGUCCCCGAGCUUCGGUUGCCAGAGCAGUUCCCACACUACACACGCGACCAACGAUCAACACACGAACAGGAGACGAACCACGCAAACGCCUUCGACUCACAUGGAAGCGAUCAAAAGGUGAGGAGACACAGAGAAUGGGUGAUGCAUGCUCCUCAAGGGCAAGGCGAGGAUGAGAGAGAGAAUUACGAAAGACAGUCACAGAGGGGAAGGCGGCUAGAUGGAGGCUCUUCAAAUCAUUCAGGACGAAAGAAGGAAGGAGAGGGCGACUAUAGGAACCCUCGCUCUCCCCUGCCAACUCCGAAAGGAUUGCACGAGCGGAAAGAGCACCAGCUCAGCCAGCAAUCGAACCAGCAGCACCCGCCUCCUCCACCCUCCUACCUUCCAAGUUUCUCCCCCGCUUAUCUUCCACAGCAAGAAGGAAAUAGCUUCCCUUCUCGGUUUGAAGCUUCCAGGGGUUUCCACUCCAGCAUGCCAUUUGAAAACGGUCCUCAGCUGAGACACCCGAAUGGUUCUAUCAGGCCUCCCGAGGGUCAUGGACACCGCGGUCCUGCCAGGCCCAUGAAUAGGAGCAGCAGCCAAGACCAGUUUGGUCAAAUCAGACCACUUCAGCCACAAUUUUAUUCAGAGUAUGGCCCUGCCCAUGGGAUGGCUCCCAUGGGCCACCUUCCCUCUCCUCCUCCUUCAGGGCCUUUUUCAAAGCGGACCCAGUUCAAUGGCCAGAGGAUGGAUUACAGCUGGGGCCCUGGAACUCCUGGUAGCUUCGGAGGCCCGCCUCAUCAUCAUGGUUACCCGAAUUGAAUGCCGCCUUCAAAUUCUUCAAUGAAGGGUGAGUGCAUCUGGAUCCUCUGCUGAAGAAAAAUAAAAGAACAAAGAAAGAAGCACUGGUACCCGCUGCUGAGGAGAUUGAGGUGCUUCAAAGGUCAAGCUCAGUCUUGUCGGGUGAGAUACAUUUUUGUUUUUAUUUUCACCAUGGUUUCAGGCACAGCUACUUCAUGGCCUUGUACAUUUUUCUUUAGAAAAGCAUUUGGUUGUUGAUGUUCAUGGCUGAUGAGGCUUUUGGCUAAAGCCAGACGUACUCUUUGAAGAAGCUCAUCCUCCAAAGGACUGUCAUAUCAACUUAUCAAGCUUUGCUCUUGCACAAGUGCGGCGUGUCUUCAAGCUUGCAGGCAAAUUUCUCACAAGAUUCAUUUGCCAAUCAGAUUAAGUGAUGACAUAUGCCUCACAAACCCUGUAAUCAAAUUGGACUACCUUAUUCUCUUUAUCACCUCCACGAUUCUUCUUACUCCUAAAAAUACUACUUUUGGCUUUUCAUUUUGUCGGUGACGUCUAAAGACCCCCAGAGUGAAUCAUGUAUCAAUUUAUUUGGUUAAUGUGUCAGUAGCAGUUAUGAUACCAUUGCUAUAUAUAUAUAUAUAUAUAUAUAGAUAUAUAUAUACCAUUUAUCAU